UGGAACAUGACACCUGAAGAGUGGACGUUUCUAGUGAUUCUUCUCAUCUCCAUCCCGAUCGGCUUCCUCUUUAAGAAAGCUGGACCCGGGCUGAAGCGAUGGGGCGCGGCCGCCGUGGGCCUGGGGCUCACCGUGUUCACCUGCGGCCCCCACACGCUGCACUCUCUGAUCACCGUGCUGGGGACCUGGGCGCUCAUUCAGGCCCAGCCCUGCUCCUGCCGAAGCCUGGCCCUCCUGUGGAUCUUCUCCUACACGCUGUUCUUCCACACCCUCAGCCUGCUGGGCCUGCAGACUAACAUGCACACCUACAUCAUCCAGCUGCUGGUGACGCUGAAGCUGGUGAGUCUGGUCAGAGACAUCCCGGACCAGCACCUGGCCCAGCGGAAGGAAAUGGCUGCGGGCUUCAGCAAGCCACCCGCCCUGGGGCUGCUGCCCGACGUUCCCUCCCUGAUGGAGACGCUGAGCUACAGCUACUGCUACGUGGGGAUCAUGACGGUGGUGCUCAUUGCCCUCUUAGCCAUGGGGAGACCCCCAGCUGUUAGAGAUGGUGUCCCCCAGCCAUUACCUGGCCAGAAUGGCGCCUUAGUUAGUGUCAGGGCUGGGACAGGAGCAGACGUGGGAGGGGCCUGGCUGAGUUGCAUGUCUGUCCCCGCCCUCAUCCCCACCCCCAGUCUGGAGAAGGCAGCUGCCCUGGAGUACGACUAUGAGACCAUCCGCAACUUCGACUGCUACAACGGCGAGUUCUGCAUAAGUAUACGGGAGGGCAUGCGGUACUGGAACAUGACGGUGCAGUGGUGGCUGGCGCAGUACAUCUACAAGAGCGUGCCUACUCGCUCCUACGUCGUGAGGAGCGUCUGGACCUUGCUGCUGAGCGCCUACUGGCACGGCCUACACCCUGGCUACUACCUCAGCUUCUUCACGAUGCCACUGUGUCUGGCUGCCGAGGGCUGUUUGGAGUCGGCCCUGUCUGGGCGGCUAAGCCCCCGGGGCCGGAAGGUCUGGUGCUGCGUGCACUGGUUCUUGAAGAUGCGCGCCUAUGAGUACAUGUUCAUGAGCUUCGUGCUGUUGUCCGUGGAUAACACAUUCCGGUACUGGUCUUCUGUCUACUUCUGCAUUCAUGUCUUGGCACUGGCUUGCUUGGGGAUAGGACUGGCUUUGGGAGGACACUGCCCCAGGGAGCAGAAAAUGGCAUCCCAGGCUCCCAGCCUCACCCCAGAAAAGUUCCGGGGGGAAUAAAUUUCCACAGUGCUCCCUUUCCUAGCCAGCUAAGCUACAAAGCUUUCAUCUCAACAUUCUGUGAAUCAGUGUAGCACACUGUAUCCUUUCCCAGCAAGGGUCCCUCUUGGGCUCAGAGCCUGAAGAGAGUUUCCUUUCCCUCUCCUAACUACCCUGCCUUUGACUGGAUCAAAGCUGGGGCAACUCUCUUCAGAGGUCUCUCUGCUCUCCGGCCUUCUUUCUUGUGCCCAGCUCUGAGAGCAGGGUACUUCUUACCCACGUCUCUCUUUGGCCACACUCCAGCUUGCCACCGUUCAGAGGCGUGCUCUUGUGAAUGAGCUAGUCCAGUAACAAGCACUAGACACAUCUGUGUCUUCCCACAGCAUCAGCAUUUAUGGAGAAGUAGUAAAUUCAAAAGUUGCAUGAAUUUCAUCAGCCUCAUCUGGCAGCAUUCUCAAGUUUUCACUCGGUAGCCAGUGAGCCAGUAAUCAUUGUUUUCCCCAGUCUUAAUAGCCAAAAUAUUCAAGUCCCGCACUCCAGCUCACACCAUACUGUAUACAGCCACAGAGGGCUUAAGAGUAGCUCUGGGCCCGAGACAGAUCAACCGGACAAGAAAAGCAUGAAGCAACAGCGGAGUUCAAGAUUUGAAUAAGCGGAUGUAAAAGAUAUUCACAGAU